UUUACAGAGAGUCCCUGGGUCCAUGUACUAAAAGCCUUUCGUGAGUCACGUUUCACAAAGAGGUGAACAUCGGCCCAUCCACGCUUGCGAGCAGCUGAGCCUUUCGAGGGUGGCCUUUUCAAACCCGGUCACGUUAUCUGAACCCGUUUACCUGUGGAAUGUUACAAACACAAAAGGUACUUAAGACUGAAAGAUCCUUUCUUGUUCUUUUCCACUUUCAACAGAUGAACGCGUCAUCAGCCAACGUGACGGUGGUUAUCGAGUAUCGAGACUCCUUCGCCAAAGCUGUGACCAAGAAUGUGAUUGUCCUGGUUCUUGGGAUCUCCAUCAACUACAUCAAUGCAAGCUUCAUUCACACCUUCAGCAAACACCAGAUCUUCUACAUGAAUCCUCGCUACAUACUUUUCAUUCACCUGGUGGUCAACGACAUGAUCCAAGUGACCCUGACCGUCAUCCUGUUUGUCAUCAGCUACACCAUCUACAAAUUAAAUGUCUCAGUCUGUUGUGUCUUCAUCAUUUUUGUCGUUUUCACCACUGAAAACACUCCUCUGAACCUGGCCUGCAUGGCGGUGGAGUGCUACAUCGCCAUCUGCAUUCCCCUUCGCCAUGCGCAGAUCUGCACCAUCAAGAGAACAUUAAUGCUGAUCGGUCUGAUCUGGACAACAACCUUGUUUUCUGGUCUUUCUGAUCUCUUCAUCACUUUAGUCACACAGCCUCUGGACUUCUUUCAUUCCCGAGUGUUCUGCCUCAGAAAAACUGUCUUCCCAAACCCUCUCAUCAUCAAGAAGAGAGAUGUCACAUAUUCAGUGUUUCUGGUUAUUGUUUGGCUCACUAUCUUUUACACGUACUUCAAGAUCCUCUUUACUGCAAAAACAGCAAGCAAAGAUGCCAAGAAAGCCAGAAACACAAUCCUCCUCCAUGGGUUUCAGCUGCUGCUUUGUAUGUCAACAUAUGUAGCACCUCAGCUGUUAGAUGUUAUACAGCAGCAGCUCCUUAAGACUCACACAGACUCUCUCUUUAUUUUCUAUAUUAUUGUCCAGGUCCUUCCUCGUUCCAUUAGUCCAUUCAUCUAUGGCAUUCGAGACAAUACUUUCAGAAAGUACUUGAGAAGGUAUCUGUUGUGUACUGACACCACUCUGUAAGAUACCAUCCAAAAACUUUACUUAGAAGAAAAAUGAAAGCCUGGCACAACUCUCGUGGCCUCACUCUCAUGCAGACAGUGUAAAGUUCAAACACAGCUGUUACACAUUCAUGCAACUUGGACA